UGCAAAUGACAAAAUGCAUAUCCGCAUAUCCGCAUUAGUUGACCAAUGAUUACAAACGGAUCAGGUGGGUGUUUGUUUUUGUACAAAUAAAUGAUAUAUAAAGCAAAAUAGAAUGAAAGAUGAUGUUUAUGUCAUAUGCUGGAUUUAGAAUUUAAAACGUUGCUAAACAAUGUCUCUACCGACUGUGUUAAUAAGUGCGGUUCUAGCGUUGGUGCUAACAAGCGUUUAUGCCGCUCCAAGUCCGCCUCUCGACUGUGCGGCAGCAGCCUGCUUGAUUCCAGAUUGUCCUGAAGGGGAGGUUAUAACAAAUACCGACUCCUGCUGCCCGAUAUGCAGACCUUUCUACAAGAAGUGCUUCCACACCGACGGAAAGACCUACGCACACGGCGAAACUUUUAAGGAUAAAUGUAACAGUUGCGUUUGUAGAGACGGCAGUGUAGCCUGCACAAAGAUCGGCUGUAUCGCAAAAGCAGGAGAGUGCCCUACUCCGUGGCCUUUCGGAAAGUGUACGAGUAUUCACAUGUGCACGGGCGACUGGGAGUGUCCGAAUGAACAGAAAUGUUGUAGAAACGGCUGUGGAAAGGUGUGCAGAAUUCCUAUAACCACAACGACUCACAGAUGCUACCGAAGAGGCGUUUGGUAUAAUGAUGGGGAAACUUUACCAUCCAAAACAUCCGACCCAUGCCUGCAAUGUAGGUGUCAACGUGGAGUCAUAACGUGCGAGCCCGUGAUGUGUCUAGCCUGUGUAGGAAUCAAGCGCCCAGGCACGUGUUGUCCUGAAUGCGGUAUCGUCCCCUGGAAAGCCGGUACCGUUUAAGCCCCUCUGCUGUAGUAGACUUGCAGAGCUAAAUAAAGUAAACAGAAAGUGGAAAGUCAUAGAACUGGUUUGUUUAAGAAAUGUGUUUUUGUGAUCGAAAUGAAUUUGUCAUACAUUAAAUGAAGAAUGGUU